AUGAAGGGCUUCCUUAAGGCAUUCCGCUUCAGGCGGACGAAGAGCCGUGGGUCUCCAGCAGAAGAGCAGCAGCAGCAGCAGCAGCAGCAGCAGCAUCAGCAGCAGAAGCUGCAGAAGCUGCAGAGGGAGCCAGAUGAACACCAACGAGAAGCCAGCAGCCAGCAGAACACAACAGAGCAGCAGCAGGAACAGCAACAGCAGCAGGAACAGCAACAGCAGCAGCAGCAACAGCAGCUAUCGGGAUGCCAGACGUCUGCCCCUACUGCUGCUCCAAUUGAUAGCAGAAGUAUCAGCAAUAGCAGCAGCAGCAGCAGCGUGGAUGUAGGGGCUCUCUUAUGUGCUGACCCCUCGCUGCGAGGCGUUACUGCUUCCUUCUGCGCGACAGCAGCAGCAGCAGCAGCAGCAGCAGCAGAUUCUGAGACGUGUAGCUGCCGCUUUAAAUCAGACGAAGACACAGCAGCAACACUGCAGCAUCCCCGUGCAUGCAGGUCGGGGUGCAGCAGGCCUCCUGCGGUGUCGCCGAGGACAGCAGCAGCAGAAGCAGCAGCAGCUGCAGCAGCAGCAGCAGCUGCAGCCGCAGCAGCAGUAGCAGCAGCAAAGGAUUGCUUCGACGUAGAAGGUUAUCCAGAAGCAGCAACAGCAGAGGGGGCCCUAUAUAGUUCUUCUCUUGCUGCUGCUGCACUGGAUGUCUCUUCUCUGUCCUUCAGCCGAGCAGAGAAGGAGCUGCUUGCUGCACUCAAACUACCUCAACUUGGUUCUUCUUCUACAGACUUCCCGCUCCCACCGGCGUUGCUGCUGCAGGAGGCAUUAAAGAACAAAGAAGACCCUGAGGAAGCAGCAGCAGCAGCUGCUGCGAUGCUGCAGCAGCAACCGCAGCCAUUACCGCGGUCGCGGAUACCCAAAUCCCCCGUCAGCCCCAGCCCCAGCAGCCCCAGCAGCAGCCCCAGCAGCAGCAGCAGCAGCAGCAGCAGCAGCAGCAGCAGCAGCAGCAGGCAGGAAGCAGGGAGGGGGCCUGCAGGUGGGGCGAGCGUUGACUCUGUCUUGUCGCUGCCUCUCCUUCAAAAGCGGCGACUUCUUUUUAAUAUGUUAGCGAACUUCUGCUUAGAAACAAAUGCAGGCGUUCGUUUGAUGCAGCUGACGGGCGGUCGGGAAGCCAGCGAUGUUUUUUUGCGUUUAUCAGAUAAUUUGCAGCACUUCUUGCUGGACAGCGGAGGGGGUACUUUAAUUGAAUUUCCUUUGACUUCAUUAGAAGCUGCAUGUACACUCCAGAGAAGAAAGGUUGCUGUUGCUGCCAGCAACUCAACAAGCAGCAAUAUAAUACCCCUACACCGUAAAAACAACGUACAAAAAACGCAGCAGCAACAGCAACAGCAGCAGCAGGAACAGCAGGAACGGUUACAGGAGGAGAAGGGGGAGCAUUACCACCAGCAGCAGCAGCAGCAGCAGCAGCAGCAGCUGCCUCGACUAGACUUAAGAAAGAUACAUACAAACCAACAGCCUUCGUAUAUAGAGAAGUACAGCGGAGAGUGCAGAAGCGAGAGAAGUGCAGCAGCAAACGAGUUUUUCAGCGUUUGUUUCUUUUGCGGAGAGCCUACCCUUUACUCCUCGAGCAGCAAAACAACUGCUGCACAUGCUAGCAGCACCAAACAGCAGCAGCAACAGCAGCAGCAGCAACUGGAAUCAGGACGAAUCUGA